GCUGACGUCAGUUCCUCCAGUUUAAAACUGACCCUGUUCUUUAACGGUGAAGCGUGCGAGAUAUUAUCGGCAUGUUAUAAACAACUAACAAAAUAAAUUGGAACCGCUUGGAUUACAGUCUCGCUGCGAUACAGGUUUUUAUUUGGCGUUUACGCGUGUAGCGUGAUCUUGGACACAACACUGCCUGGAGGUCAUGGCUGAGUCGGUGAACUCGAGCCAGCAGAACUGUACCCCGAGUACCCCGAGUCGACACGAGAAAAGUUUGGGGCUCCUCACGACCAAGUUUGUAACAUUAUUGCAAGAGGCAAAGGAUGGAGUGCUCGAUCUUAAACUGGCAGCUGACAGUCUUGCUGUCAGACAGAAAAGAAGAAUAUAUGACAUUACCAAUGUGCUUGAGGGAAUCGGCUUAAUUGAGAAGAAAACGAAGAACAGCAUUCAAUGGAAUGGUGUGAGUGUAGGCUGCAAUACCAAAGAAGUUUUAGACCAACUCGAACAUUUAAAAGCACAGAUUGAAGAGUUGGAGAUGAAGGAGAAAGAUUUGGAUCAGCAGAAAAUAUGGCUUCAACAAAGUAUAAAGAACGUGUCUGAUGACCCCACAAACAGCAGGUUUGCAUAUGUUACACAUGAUGAUAUUUGCAAUUGCUUCAGUGGUGAUACUCUCCUGGCAGUUCUGGCUCCAUCCGGUACACAGUUAGAGGUACCAGUACCCGAAAUGGGGCAAAAUGGACAGAAGAAGUAUCAGGUGAAUUUAAGAAGCCACUCUGGACCUAUCCAAGUGCUUUUAAUGAACCGAGAGUCCAGUUCAUCGAAGCCGGUGGUAUUCUCAGUUCCACCACCUGAUGACCUGUCGGUAAUGCCUACUCCACCAGCCACCCCUGCAACUCCCCAGAAGUCACCUCCAGCUCAGCAUCUGCCAGAGCACGCCUCCUUGUUGGAACCACACAUACCACAGACAUCCGUAGCAGAGGUGCAGUCUGACUGCGGCUUAUUACAGUCCAGUACUCUUCAAACUACUCAAUAUUCAGAGGACCCGGACCUCUUGACUGGCACAGGCAUUGAAAUGGAAAAUAAUAAUCACUCAAUCAACGAUGCCCACGGUUUUCAGUCUCUGCUUCCCCUGGAUGUUAACAGCAUUCUUAAACUGAACACUACUGAUGAGAUAAAGGAAGAAUCUGAAGGACCUAUUGUUGCAGAUUUGAUGGAUGAAUUGAUGUCUUCUGAUGUUUUCCCCUUGCUUCGAUUGUCCCCAACACCUGGUGUUGAUUACAACUUCAAUCUGGAUGACAAUGAAGGAGUCUGUGAUCUCUUCGAUGUACAAAUUCUAAAUUAUUAGUUGAUGUUGCAACAUGUUUGAAUGAUCAUGACUACCUCCUGCAAUCAUACCUUGAGUCUGAACUAUACUAGACUAAUCUAAUGUAAGGAUGAUGUUUGUUUUUCAGUUAUAAUUGCUAUGUAUAUGGGUUUAUGGUGUAUUUUGUUUUUGCCAGACAUGAAAUUUAAGAGUAAUCUCAUUUAGUUAACAGAUUUAUAUUGAAAUUAUUUCAGUUAAAUACUUUUCAGUGAUGCAUUAUAUUCAUAUUUGGUGGUGCUCACUCCAAAGUACAGAAAUGUUUUUU